GCCGAGGAACGAAGAUGGCCGGGCGCACCGCGGGAACUGAGGAGUCGCCGGCAGCAGCGGCAGCGGCAGCUUCGGGGUUGUGACUCUGCGCGCGGCAGCGAUCCGAGCGACCCAAGCGGAGCGGGCCGGCUGCGCAGACAGCGACGCGCCGGGCCAGCGAGCGGCGGGUGGGCGCCGGUACACCGGCGCCGGGCGGAGGAUGCACCGGGCGCGGCGGGCGGCUCCCCGCAGCCGCCCCCGCGCCUCGGGCGCCCGGCCUUAGUGCUGGCUGAGGAGGCGGCGCGCGCGGGGCGGCCGGGCGGCGGCGGGGCCCGCGCCGUCAUGCCGUGGUUGAGCGGCGGCCGCCGGCGGCGGCGGGUACAGACGCGAGAGGCCCCGCGGGAGCCGCCGUCGUCCGUGCAGUCCCCGCGGGAACCGCCGCAGCCCGCGACCCCCGCCGCGGUCCCCGUGCCCACUGCGCCCUCCGGGGCUCCGCUGCGGGCCCGGGAGAGCUCCGAGCUACCGCUGCCCGCCGGCUGGGAGGAGGCGCGCGACUACGACGGCCGCGUCUUUUACAUCGACCACAACACGCGCCAGACGUCGUGGAUCGACCCCCGAGACCGGAUAACAAAGCCACUAACCUUUGCUGAUUGUGUUGGAGAUGAACUUCCCUUAGGAUGGGAAACUGUAUAUGAUAAACAAAUUGGAAUUUAUUACAUGGACCACAUAAAUAAGCUGACCCAGAUUGAGGACCCCAGAGAACAGUGGAGGCGAGAGCAGGAACGGAUGUUGAAGGAAUAUUUAGUUGUAGCCCAGGAGGCUCUCAAUGCCAAGAAAGAAAUCUACCAAGUUAAGCAGCAGCGGUUCGAGCUGGCUCAGGAGGAGUACCAGCAGCUGCACAGAAUGUGCGAGGAUGACAGCCGCUCGUACGCCAGCUGUCAUCAGCAGGCCGCAGUGGAAUCAGAUGGUCAUCUGCUAGCCACUCCUUUAGCAAAUACUUAUCAAGUGCCCACUUUGUGCCCAGGCACUGCGGUACCGUGGCGCGUAAGAGACGACGGGCCCCUGCCCUCGUGGAGCUUACAUUCAGGUCUCCAAAGAGGCUCUCCAAUCAGUGUUUCCAAGGAUGGAACGGGAGAGAAGGACAUAUCAGGAAAACUUGAAAGGAAGUUUCUUGCCAGUGACGGAAAGGAAAAAUUGCCCAGGGAAGAUAUGGAAGAGGCAGCUUACAAGAACCGAUUGUGUUUUUGGAACACCUUGCCCUCCCAUUGUUCAAGUUAUCUGGAAUUAAAGACCGGUUCCUUCUCUGGAUAUUCAGCAAAUACAAAGUAUGACCCACACCAGAUUAAAGCAGAAAUAGCAAGUCGCCGGGAUAGGCUUUCCAGAUUGAAACGGGAGCUGACCCAGAUGAAGCAAGAACUGCAGUACAAAGAAAAGGGGGUGGAGACCCUGCAAGAGAUUGACCGUAAGAUGUCAAAUGCUCACACCAGCUACAAACUGGAUGAGGCCCAGGCUAUAAUGAAUGAGCUCCGGACCAUCAAAAAAGCCAUCUGUACAGGCGAGAAGGAGAGGCGGGACCUGAUGCAGAGCCUGGCCAAGCUCACUGACGGGUUCAGGAAUAACUUUUCUCUGACUGACCCACAAGAGCUCUCUCACCAUCAGGGCGCUCCUGGCGAGUCUCACCAGUUCUGCGAUGCUGGGUCUCAGACCGACAUCAUCGGAGAGUUUGUCUUCGAUGAUAAAACAAGACUGGUAGACCGAGUCAGGCUUAAUUGGCAGUAUGAGGAAGCCAAAAAGAGAGUCUCAAAUAUCCAGCAGCAACUGGCCCAGCUUGAUAACGAGUCCUGGCCAGGCAUGGCCGAAGCCGACAGGGACCGGCUGCAGCUCAUCAAGGAGAAGGAGGCCCUGCUUCAGGAGCUGCAGCUCAUCGUCCAGCAGAGGCGCCCGGCGGAAGAUGUGGCCCGGCUUGAGGAGGAGAGGAGGCGCCUGGAGGAGGAGGUCCAGCGUGCUCGCGCCACCUCUGUGCAGGGCGCCACGGAAAGGAUUCUACUUCAGGAAAAACGAAAUUGCCUGCUUAUGCAGCUGGAAGAGGCUACUCGCUUAACAUCCUAUCUCCAGUCCCAGUUAAAGAGCCUGUCUGCCAGCACCCUGACCAUGUCUUCGGGGAGCAGCCGUGGGUCCCUGGCCUCCAGCCGGGGCUCGCUGGCCUCCAGCCGGGGUUCCUUGAGUUCUGUUAGCUUCACCGACAUCUACGGCCUGCCACAGUACGAGAAACCUGAUGCUGAGUGCAGCCAGCUUUUGCGCUUUGAUCUGAUUCCCUUCGACACCCUGGGACGGGAUGCUCCCCUCGCAGAGCCCCCGGUUCCCUCCGGCUUCCAUAAGCAGAGGCGCUCCCUGGAUACACCACAGUCUCUGGCUUCCCUGUCCUCCCGUUCUUCCCUGUCCUCUCUGUCUCCCCCAAGCUCCCCUUUGGAUACACCCUUCCUCCCAGCCUCUCGUGACUCGCCCUUGGCCCCGCCGGGGGACAGUUUGGAGGUGCCAAGCCUGGGUGCCCCGGACAGACUGCGGACUCAGGCCUCUGCUGUAGGAGAGGAAGACUUGCAGGGCGCGGCGGCCCCUCCGCCGUAUGCAUUCCCUGCUGAUGGGGAAGGACCUCGUGAGCGGGCACCCCAAGUGGCUGCCAUUGCCACUGGUACAACAGUGACUCUUCGAGAAGACAGCGCCAAGAGGUUGGAGAGGAGAGCGCGCCGCAUUUCUGCCUGCCUGUCGGAUUACUCGCUGGCCACUGAUAGUGGGGUAUUUGAACCUCCAAGUAAAAGGAGUGAAGAUGCUGAUGAGCCUGCGCACGGAGACACUUGUGUUAUCGAAGGGCCCCAGAUCCACGUUGGGUUCUGGCAUGACACUGGCAACGAAUGUCUCCUCGUGAAUGUGCUCCAGCUGAAGAACUUUGCCAGGCUGCCUGUGAAGGAAGACUGCAAAAUACAUGUCCGUGUCUACUUGCCAUCGCUGGACUCUGCCACACCAGACACUUACUGCUCCAAGUCUGUGGAAUUCCAGCCCCCCCUGGUAUUUAAUGAUGUUUUCAGAAUCCCUGUGCAUUCAAACACGUUGAAGUCCCUUCAACUAUAUGUGUGUUCAGUGAAUCCGCAGCUGCAGGAAGAACUGCUGGGCAUUGCUCAAAUUAACUUGGCCGACUGUAACAGCCUGAGUGAAAUGCAGCUGCACUGGUACCCAGUCCAGGUGUUCACCAUCCCUGAGCUGCCCAGGACAAGGGAAAAUUCCCGGGCUGAAAAAAGUGGGGCCCGGGACCCUGUGCACACCGCCGCCGCCACCUCUGCUGCCGCCACCGCCUCUGCUGCCGCCACCGCUGCCUCCUCUGCCGCCGCUGCCACCACCGCCGCCGCCGCUGCUGCUGCCACUGCCGCCGCUGCUGCCACUGUCCCUGCUGCCGCUGCUGCCCCUGCCACUGCUGCCACAGCCACUGCUGCCACAGCCACAGCCGCAGCAGCAGCCACCACUGCAGCAGCCACGACUGCAGCAGCCGCCGCCAUUGCCACUGGGAAGACGGAUGCGGUGACGGUGCUGCUGGCUAGAACCACAGCCCAGCUGCAGGCAGUGGAGAGAGAGCUGGCUGAGGAGCGUGUGAAGCUGGAGUACACGGAGGAGGAGAUCCUGGAGAUGGAACGGAAGGAGGAGCAGGUGGAGGCCGUGUCUGAGCGGAGCUGGCAGGCCGACUCGGUGGACAGCGGCUGUAGCAGCUGCACCCAGACCAGCCCCCCGCACCCAGAGCCCUGCUGCACCACUGUGGACUCCACCCACGGACAGCCGUUUGCAGGACAGGCAGAUGCUUAUGGCCCUCAGAAACCUCAGCCCCCUCUGCUAAAGGUUGAUAAGGAAACCAACACCGAAGACCUCUUCCCAGAAGAAGUAGCCAGUCUUCCGAAGGAGCGGGCCAGCCGCAGGGUCCGUGGGUCACCUUUUGUCCGCAGUAGCACCAUUGUCCGUUCCCAGACUUUCUCACCUGGGGCGCGAAGCCAGUAUGUUUGCAGACUCUAUCGUAGUGACAGUGACAGUUCAACACUGCCCCGGAAGUCUCCCUUUGUCCGAAACACUUUGGAAAGACGAACCCUUCGCUAUAAGCAGUCCUGUAGGUCAUCCCUGGCUGAACUCAUGGCCCGCACCUCCCUGGACCUGGAGCUGGACCUCCAGGCGUCAAGAACUCGGCAGAGGCAGCUGAACGAGGAGAUCUGCACCCUCCGGGAGCUGAGGCAGCGCUUGGAAGAUGCCCAGCUCCGAGGCCAGACCGACCUCCCACUCUGGGUGCUGCGUGAUGAGCGAUUCCGGAGUCUGCUGAAGGAAGCAGAGAGGCAGACAAGACAGACCAAACUUGACUUCCAUCAAGAACAGGCAGCUGAGAAGAUGCUGAAGAAGGCCUCCAAAGGGGUCUGCCAGCUGCGUGGGCAGAACCACAAAGAGCCCAUCCAAGUGCAGACGUUCAGGGAGAAGAUAGCAUUUUUUACAAGACCAAGGAUUAAUGUACCUCCUCUGCCCGCCGAUGAUGUUUGAUGUAGUGCUUUGUACACAUGAAGUAUUUAUCUUCCUGUCUUGUUUUCAUGAAGUUCUUAGACUAGCUAAAUUUGUCUUUAAAAUAUUUGUGCAAAGCUAUUAAUAUACACAUUUUGUAAAAAAACACAUAUCUAUACAUAUAUAUUUUAUAAUAGUGACGGCAACAGGGCUUGGUUUUUCCUUGUUGUGAAAUUGACAUCUCUGAAGACAAGUUAUUUUAUAAAAGAUCAACUAUCAUGUUAAGAGUGUACAGUUUUUACGCUGUUUUAUUUGACUUAAAGGCUGGAAGACAGAAACGAAGUGAGUUCAGGCAAAUUCACUGUAUUGUAAUUUAUUUAUAGUACUUUUUUUUUUUCCUUGAAGGAAAAUACUGACUUUUAAGAUGUAUUUUAAGACUGAAAUUUUGUUCUUCAGUAUUUGUCAUGCAGUAGAAUGGAACUUUGGGGCCGGUUUUGUUUCUGACACGGAAAUGCAAACACUUUGUGCUACAUUCGUUACUCUUACCAGCUUCUCAUGUGUGCCUUUAUCAUGUACAUUGUCCACUGUCACACUCGUGUUCUGUUAAGAUCCUGCCUGGGGGCUCAGUCGUAGUUCACACGUGUGUGUGUGUGUGUGCAUCGCAGAGCUCUGUCUCCCACGGUGACUGCGCGCCGAGAGCCCCUCAUUUCUGUGUUGUGUCAGCAUGCACAGCUCUGUGCCCCCUCCGAGCUUCCCCACAGAGCCCCCGGUGCCCUGACUGGGUCCUGCCCGUUCACGGCAGCUGUCCACCCUGCCCUGUACCGGACCCAGCCACCCGCCCUUCCUGUGCGCCCCAUCCGACUGUGACCGACCAGGAAGGCGGUGCCGGGGCUCCCGUUCUACUGCUCUGUCAUGAAGGAAAGUGAAAGGGACCUAGGAACGCGCCCUCGCAUCAGUCAGUGAACCUGCUGAUGUAGACAGCGGUUCUGCCAUAGACAUGAUGACCUCUGAAGGCGCUUUUCUGUGGAAGGAAGCGCACGCGGGUAACUGCAGUUACCCAGCAAAGUCACUUAACAGGAGAGUGUUUGAUUCAUUUGAUUUAAAUCAUAAUCCUUCUCCCCGGUACUGGAAUGUACCUAAUAUUUCUUAACAAAUCUUAGAAGUAGUUCAUGAAAAAAAGUUUUAUGUAAUUAAGAAAAUACCAUUAUUCUCUUGAAAUGCCAAAUGAUAUACCUAUUUUGCCUCAUACAUAUUUAUUGUAUACGGAAUGCACUCUCCUUUCUGAGGCCUCGGAGAAGGAAGCGAGGUGGUCACAUAAAAUAGAAAAGAGAGCUUCCUCGUCCUAGAUUUCUCUGCCCCUCCCUUGGAAAUGCCACCUUUUAAUCAACGUCUCUCUUCCCAUUAGUCUGUAAUUGUCCCCCUUGUAUAAUCCACCUUCCUUUUUGCAUUUAUUAAAAGUGAAUUUUGUAAAAGCAUUUCAUUGACACGCGACCUGUCACGGGCAAUGGACUUUGUCAGUGGUGGUUAAGACCGAAACCUCUAUGCUUUUCACAGUUGUUGUCUUUUGCUAUGUAUUUCUGCCUUGAGUCUUGCUGGAUUUUUGUUUUGUUUUUUUUGGGCCAACUUCUCUGUGAACAUACCCACAACAGAGAGAGAGACACGCAGAGCCCUGUGGUCCUGUGGCGGACAGCAUCGCUGAGCAUGUGAGGACGACGUGAGGACGACGGCAGGCCUUCUCUGUGCCCCAGCUGGGAAACUUGAGCCAACAACAGUCUGCCGCCGGACUGGGGUGGGGGCAGCAAGUCGCCCACGCCUUGCCUGGGCUGCACAGCUCCUCCCCUGGGAGAGUCCCCCGGCCGCAUGGACUGGCCGUUUCUUUUCAGCAGCCGCCACAUGGAGCUGCCUCUCAGUGGGUCUGUGGGUUGAAGCCCCUUUUCUGCCAACCCCCAUUAAGUGGCACUGUGGGGGAAACCUGCCGUGCUCAUGCAUAAAGCAAGGGUUUCCAAUAAAUGCCACUGCUCAGCGUGCACAGAUUUACGGUCAGAGUGCCUCCCCACCUGAGGGUUUUAAAAAGAAACCCGGAAGCCAACGUGAGCCUGCGUUGCUAUCUUUGCGAGGCAAUCUUGUGCUGGCCCUCCCCGAUCCCCUACUGUCCUGUCCCGAAAGGGCACAAAGCCAGUGACAGCUGGGGUGGUCACACAGGAGGACUUGAGCACCUGAGUGGCUUCUCACUCAUGACUCGAUUUUGUAGCUUUUGAGUAGUUAAGACUGCCACCCCGCCCAAGCUGAACACCCACGCGGCAGAAAGUGAAGCCCUGUCGUCUUAAGGGGUAGUUUCAUCUUCUGUUGAGCUUUGCCUAUGUUAUGCCUUGUGAUGAGCAGCACUCUGCCGUGUUUGUCGGCAGUCGUAGUCCAGAGAUGGGGAAAAGGGAAUUUGAUCUUCACUUCAUUGAUCAUUGAAUUGUCACCGCUGUAAUCAGUAACCUGUUGUGGGAAUAAGUUCUAAUCAGUAGUCAUCUCUGUUCUAAUUGUGUCAUUUGUAUUGCUUGAAAUGAUUUCUUCUAUAAAAUUAAACUAAUCUUCCUUAAGCGCAAAA